GCUCAGGGGUGCCGGGGGUGGGGGACUGAGCUGCAGGUGCCCACCCGGCAGGACCCCCUGGGGCAGAGCACCGGCCGCAGACCCUGUGGGGGGAGGAAGGGCCGAGGGGGACCCUGGCCAGCAUCACCCCCCACCCCUGCCCCGGCGGCCCCCCAAGGACGUCCAUGAGGGCCCCUGGGUCCUGCGGCGUUUUCCGGGGUUCACGGAGCUCCGCACUCUCGCCUGUCCUGGGCAGCGGCUCUUCCCCGUCCAGCGGCCAGGGCGCCCGCCCAGUCGGGGCGCCCCCGGAGCCUUCGGGCUCCCGCUCCCCCUCCGGCUCCGGCUCCCGCUCCGGCUCCGGCCUCCCGCGGAACGUGCUCAGCGAGAGGGAGCGCAGGAAGCGGAUCUCCGUGAGCUGCGAGCGCCUUCGGGCCCUGCUGCCCCGGUUUGAUGGCCGGCGGGAAGACAUGGCCUCGGUGCUGGAGAUGGCGGUGCAGUUCCUGCGGCUUGCUGGCACCCUGGUGCCCAGCCAGGAGCCGCGCGCUGUUCUUGGUCUUUCCAAGGAGACGUGGCGCGAGUGGCAGAGGGAUGUUACGCAGCAGGCCAUGUCGCGUUCGAGCGCAGCAGGGCCCCCAGACUGCGGCACGGGAGCCUGUGGGCUGACUGUGCCACGGGCUCCUCCCAGUUGUGUGACCGCGGGCGCAGGCGAGGGCGAGGCCCCGUUGGGGGUGGCCGAGGUGCCGGAGGGGCCGCCAGCCCUCCCUGAGCCCUGCAGCCUGCUGUCCCAGCCCCCAGGCCCAAGUCCCUCCAAGGCGCUGAGGCUGCCCCCACCCUGGCCUCCCCGUUUGUGGCAGCCACCCUCCCCCCUGGUGAGCGAAGAGGCUCAGAGCUGCCUGGGCCAGGCUGGGCCCCCAGUAGAGGGGGCCGACCCUGUCGUGACACUGGACACCAGGCCCGUGUUGGGAUGUGACGUGGAAGACGGGACGUCCUACUUGCUGAACGCCGGUCCCGACUGGUGGCUGGGGUCUCUGGAGGGCAGAGGUGCCAGUGCCCCUUCUCGGAGCACAGCCAGGAGCAGCCUGCUGGACAGGGCAGAGCCAGGCUUCCUGACAGACCCCGAACCCGGCUCCCAGGAGCUCCCGGAUGGCCCUCUGGAGCCAUGGGGCUUGGAUGUGGGCUGCCCCAGCCUGGCCCUGCGGGAGGAGGUGGACAGUAUCUUCCCCGACUUCUUCCCCUGCUAGGCGGCGGGGAGGGCCCGUGUCUCACAUGUCCGUGUGGGGUGCCGGGCAGCUUCUUUUGGGUUUGGGCGGCCCCUGUGCCCUGCUGUGGCGAGGCUGGGGGCCGCAGUGGGUGGAGGCCGAGGAUUAAAGGCAGGGCGGUGUUCCUGCAGAAAGCGGGACUUCCGGAGCGUCUGUGUAAUCAGUGCCAUUCACUGGGCAGAUGGCACCGCUUCCGCUCAGAGCGCGGGCACCUGCCUCGCGUUUUGUUUCUGCGACGUUCUUGGCCUUGCGGACUCCCUAAAUAGCCCUGCAGCCUGGGGCGGGCUCCAGGGGCUGAGAGUUCUGUGUUUCCGGCCUGCUCCCAGGAGAGGCAGGCGUUGGACCCCACCUCUCACACCCUGAGGCUGGUCUGGGCUGUGCGGCUCUCAUGGCCCAAGGGUUUGUCGGGGGAGGCCAUGGUGCUCUCAGCUGCAGCCAGGGCCCCAAGGGAAGGGCUGGCUUCUGCCUUCGAGGUGGGGACCUCUGCACUCCCCUCUCGGGGGCUGUGGGCUGGCCUGGGGCAGAGGCCACUUGGUGUCAGCAUCUGGACCCUUCUCCUGGCGGGCACAGCUCCAGUCCUAGCUGCUCCUGACCGCUGUGAUCUGGGGAAGGCCUGGGUUACUGGGAGGAGCAUCCCAAGCCCCCGUGGUUGAGUGCGGCUGACCCUGCCCUGCAUCUCACCACCUUGCAGCCACAGCAAAGGCGGGUGUCCGUCUGUGACCCAGGCUGGGUGGGGCUUCACUACUCUGUUCCUGCUCAUCCCUUUCUGGAGACGCUGGGCUCCGGACACCCCCGUGAUCCUCCAGGCCAGCAAAUGCUCCAGGAGCUGGGGCGUUUUUUCUUCCCAGGAGAGUAGGUUCUCCUGACUGUGAGUCCUGAGCCCCCCCGCCGCACGCAACCCCCCAGGUUGCCUGCCCCGCACCUGCACGCAUUUCCAUUCCUGCAGCGAGAAAGUUCCAUUCAUUCUGUGAAGCACUGCAAACAAAGCUGCCUUGUCUGGACGCAGCCAUGUCACGCCUAGGACGCCGUGGUCCUUGAGGACAGCAGUGAGGUGUCACAGCUAACACACGGACCCCCGUCUCUUACCUGCUUUUCUUGUUUGUGGGUCUCCGUGGCCCUGGUGGCCUCGGGGAAGCAGACGCUUCUACAGCCUGGGGGCCGGCCGGCCAGCAAGACCGCAGGGGCCCCGCUCAGGUGGGAGGGGGCGCAGCAUGGGUUUUCUCCAGACUUUACUCUCCGUGAUGCUAAAGGAGGCUUACUUGAGCUGCUGGCCUGUUAGGUCCCCCUGUUGGCCCAGCGCCUUACUACAUUCCUGUCCCCUGUGACUGUGUGGCCCCCGGGCUCCCCCGUGUCCUGCUGGCUGGGGGAGGAAGCCACUUACUGAGGAGGUUCACCACCACCGUCUCCUUCCCGUGCCAGUGGUUGUGGAUGCAGAAGAUGAAGCGAGAGGGGGCCACCUCCUCCGGGAAGAUCACGCUGUGGCCAGCAUCUGCGAAUCCGGGGGCCAGCGUGGGAGGCAGGUGGUGCCGGGUUCCCCAGGGGCCAGAACUGGGCCCUGGGAGCCCUCCCGUCCCUCCACGGCCUUAGACAACUUGGUGGUCUUGAGCAUUCGGGCCCCAGGAAGGGGCAGAACCAGGUGCGGGCGGCGUCCCGGCAGGUGCGCUCCUGGCCACACACCACCGGGACUCCCAGGGGCUCCCCGCUCACAGGCUGGGCGACGCUGACCCUUUAUACUUACAUUUCAGCAUGUACUGAAAUUUCUUUUUUGUUUUAUUUGCCAUCAUUAUAAUCGGGACACACAUGCCCUGUAUCCUGGGAGAGGAUGAUAGGAUUCCCCGGGACUCUGCGUCCAGAAGAAGUGCCCACCCACGGAGCUGGGUGGGGCUUGGUCACGCCAGACGUUGGACGUGUGUGUCCCGUUCCAGGGCAGUGAGCCCCAGCCCUGUGUCACCAUGUCCCCUGUGCUCUCCAGUGUCUGGGACAUGGCCGUGGGGCUGACUGGGGACAGGGCACGGGGCUCCCCUGGACCUUGGCCCCGUCUGGCACCCUCUUCCCAGAUUUACCUUCUGUAGAGAUGGAACUCUAUGGUCUUGAGGCUUACAUGGAUCUUGCGGACGAAGAACAUCAUGUGUGAGUCCUUCCACAGGAGUUUUGGUUCGCUGGAAGCCUGGGCUAUUGAGAACCAGUCGCCGUUGACCUGCCGAGCAGAGGUGGGCAUGCCGGUGUGGAGGGAGCAGCUGGGGCUGGCGGGCGCCAGGCCUGUCCCCCUCCCGCCGCCCCCAGCCGCCACCUUCUCCCGCUCCAACGUCCGCGAUGGCUACCAUAUUCUCAUCGAUGCUGGGGUCCCCGGGGCCCGUGUGCAGGGCAUGGGGCCCCCUGAGCAGAGCUAACACCAGCACCAGCCGUGGGGUGUUCAUGGUGCUGCAGGAGUGGUCGAGGGGUGACUGGCAGCACCUGGGCCUCCAGAGCCUGUGGCGCUGGCCCUUUUGUGCCCUGCAGGAGAGGGCUCCUGCCACGUGGCUGGCUGUCACGGGUUCCCUCCUGCUCAUAAUGACUCUGUUGACACUACCGCCAACAAUGGCCACUUGACUGUUUGUCCACAAAGCCCCUGCCUGACCCGUGCUGACAGUCAUGCGGUUUCCCAGAACCACAGCCCGUGCGCCUGGCUGCUUCCAGGGUCCGUGUGUCCCUGCUGGGCGCCGACCUCCAAUCAUCGAGUCAUGGAGCUCCGGACGUGGCAGCCCUGGGUGGCUAUGACGUCUCCCUGUGACAGCCGCCUGAACGGCUGAGUGCUGGGUCUUGGUGUCCAGGGACUUGGCAGGGGAUCCGAGGAGGCUGGAGCGCACAUGCCCCAUGCUGCCGCACCGGGGCUCUGGGGGCCGUGGCUGCUCUGGGAAAUGCCUCGCUGCUCUGCGUCUCUCGCAGAUGGGAACCACCCAUCUGGGCAGAGCAAGGCAAGGCCUGGGGCCAAGGAGAAUGGGAACGGGCCCUGGGCAGCGGGCUGUGCGGGGGUGUACCCCGUCUCCAGUCUGGCCUGUUUCCAGAGCCUCCCUGCUGCAGGGUGACCUGAGCUGGGCCAAAUUUGUCUGCUCAGAGAGCCCCCAGAGCCCACAGGAACAGAGUGGGCCAGUACAAGCGCAGGUUACCGUGUCCCCUACGGGCCGGGGGACCUCAGGUCCUGAGCCCCAGUGUCCUCAUUGUGGACGUGCAGUGAUGACUCUAUACCCACCCGCCUGUUUCUUGGCUGCAGGACUCCUUGGAGGUGUUCACGGGGAGGUCUCUCCCCGCCCCACCUCUGCCAGGUGCCUGCACCCCCACCAAGGCCCGGUCACUGUGCUGUGUCCCCACCCUCGCCCCCUGUGGUCUGUGCUCAUGACAAUAGUGCCAUGUGGAUAUCAGAACCGGACAAGAACCGUCACAAGGAAGGAAACCUUACAAGUCAGACUCAUGACAUAAGAUAAACCCAGCAAUAUAUGGAAAGGGUGAUGUAUUAAGGCCUUGUAGGGUUUGAUCCAGAAAUUCAAGGUUGGUUAUUGAGAAUCAACAUAUUUCACAUGCAGGGUGGUGGGAAAGAUCAUAUGAGCACCACGUUAGCGGCAGGAAAGGAUCUGAUGAGACUCAGCAAUAUUCGUGAUAAAAACUACCGCUGUCGACACAGAAAGGAACUGCUCUGUUGGAAGGGGGAUUCCCCCAACAGUCCAGUCUAGUGUGAAGCGUGGAAAACUUCGCUGGUGGGACCGUGGGCACUGUCAGCACUGUGUUGGACACGGCACUGGCCCUUCCCAUAAGGGACAGAAGGGAGUAUGGGGGAGAGGUCGACAAGGAAUGUUACUGAGGUCAUGCGUAGAUCACCUGCUGUUAAGUUCGUCAUGUUGGCGAGUUCAGAAAGGCGAGUGGCAGCAGGAUCUGUACACGAAAAACACCGUUUCUGAGUGUGAGCGAUCAUAAUUAGGAUAGGAGCUUGAAGAGACUUUAUUCGCAAUUCAGAAAAAAAAAAAAAGGAACCAGAAAUAAAUCCAACAAAAAAAUUGUGCAGACCUCCUGCCCAGAAAACUAUCAGCGAGUACGAAGAUAUUUAGAUGAACUGAAUAAAUCACAUACCACGUCAACAGGUUAGAA